AUGAGCCGCGAACCAGCCCCAACCGACUCAUCCGCCUCUCUCCCUCGCUCAACUUCCGCCUCCUCUUUCCAGUCCAUCGCGCUCUCUCCCCCGCGUUCCGCCACCCUGCCCUCGUCCAGCUUCCUCUUCAGCAGUCUCUCGCACGUCUGGCAGGGCUUGAAAGCGGCUGCGGGGUCGCAAGUUGCGGGCUUCACGAGCGGUUUGUCUGGAGGCGGUGCACAAGCGGGAGGGGUGGACGAGGUUGCUCGAACGGGUGAGAAGCAUGGGAGGGGAACAGAGGCUGCGGAAGGACGGAAAGAGCGGGAGAAGGGGCGCGGAGGGAAGAGACGGCGGGUCGAGUUCCGCGACGAGGUCUUAUUCGAUGGCGUGCCACCCUUGAUGCCGCCCAUCUCACAAGCGAACCCCCUUCCGCCAAGCUACGACUCCAACGCCUCUUCCUCCCCCGUCUCGUUUCGCAACUCCUCGACUUCUCCCUCUACUUCUCGUCAAGUUCUACGUCCGUACGCCGACUCAUCCUACGAGGAAGCACUACUUCACGCGGCAACGACGGACGAGGGUAUCACCGCCUCUUUCGUUGCUGCACCGACUCGGAAAAACGCAGAGCAGGCUAGUCGAAGUGAUACGCAGGCUCAUAUCUCGACAGCCUCGACUACCUCGGCGCUCGCGGGACGCGGCUUGCACCGUCGCACAGCUACAACAGCCGCCCUCCCCUCAGCCAUCACCCUCCAGAACUCGCGCUCCCAGCCCUCGGUUUACGGCGCAACCAUCGCCUCUUCCUCGUCACUCCCGAACCUUGCGUCGGCUUCAACAAGCCCGAAGACGCCGCGGCGGAAAGAGACUGAGCAGGUGGGGACGAUCUUGCUUGGCGAGGCGGGCGAAGUGGUAGGAAGGGCUUGGGGCCAGGAGAAGGAGAAGGAGCGUCGGAAGAGCGACAGGAGGCGCAUCGAGGAGCUUGAGGAGGAGGUGAAGAGGCUGAGAGGACAGCUCUCGGCCCAGAAACCGCCACGGUCGCCCUUCGCAAACUCGCCACGAGUAUCUGCUCCACCGCCGCCGCCGCCGCCCCCUCCGCCUCCUCCAAAGCCGGCCAAUAAGCCUCAUCCGCUCCUCACGUCUGCUCGAGCCGCACUUCGCGCUACGCCCGAGCGUGCGAAGCGUCGACAUUCGACCAUCGGUGAUGGCGUCGAUUUGGGCGCAUUCUUGAGCGAGUUGAGCGGCAAGAGGGGCAAACUGCGGAAGGUGGGUUUGCCAAAGGAGAAGACGAGGGAGGACUUGCGCGCGGCGGGAGGGGAUGGACAAGGCUUGAACGAGGUGCUCGACCGCGCCUUCAAGCGCAAGUUUGCGCGAGCAAACGGCGCACCUUCGCCUAUCACGCCGCAUGCCUUGCCGUCCUCUCGCUCGUUCGCCAACUUGCCCUCGUCUUCCGCCGCUCGUCCACCUGCGCCCGACUGGUCACCGCUCCCGAAUCGCUCGCUUCGCUCAACGGGUAUGCUUACGGCAUCGCAGUCCGUACCCGGAGACCUCGCCUCUCUCGCGCAGUCCCGCCAGUCCGCUCGCUCGCCUCUUCGCCCUCUCCCCGAACAGCCCGUCUUCCAGCGCGACGGGCAUCUACCGUCGCGCUCGUCAAGCCUUGCCGCGACGCAGGAGUCCACGGAGACGACUGUCUUCGGCGUCGCCAUCUCAACAGACCAAGCCGUCCAGCCUAUCGCAUCGAACUCGUCAUCCACAUCCUCGGCAUCUCAAGCCACCGUCUCCCACGCCAUGCUCUCUCCCUGCCUCUCCUCGUCGUCGAUCCCUUCCGCACCGCCGGAACUCUCGCCGCCUCAGGCUCAGCCUUCGCAGCAACCCGCCCAGCCCGUCAAAGUCGCGCAGGAUUCGCCUCUCGCCACACACCGUCGUCCCUCGCUCUCUCCCGGCGAGAAGCUUCCGGGCCUCGAGCUUGGGAGGGAUCGGCCCAUCACGCCCGGGCGGAGGAGGGCAAAGACUACGAAGCAGGCGCCUUCACCAGCCGAGCAAGGCGCCGACUGCUCAGUGUCUGCGCAGCGCGCUACAUCGUCACCGAAGUCAGCGAGGAAGUCCGGGACUACCGCUUCACCGCGUCGCUCGCCGAGAAAGGCGCACGAGGACAGCUUCGUCAAGGUCAAGUUUGGCACGGACGACGAGGGUAGCGACUUUGACGAGCUCCAUGGCGAGUUGAUGGGACAGGGGACGAGGUCGCCUAACCCGAAGAAGGUGUUCGGGCGGGCUUGA